AUGGGGACCGCGGACGUGCCGCCGAACCAGACGCUGUAUGUGCAGAACCUGCCGGAGAAGUUGAAGAAGGAGGACCUCCGGAAGGCUCUGCACGCCAUGUUCAGUCAGUUCGGGCGCAUCCUGGACGUGGUGGCGCUGAAGACGUUCCGUCUGCGAGGACAGGCGUGGAUCGUCUUCGCGGACGUCGCCAGCGCGACCAACGCAAUGAAGGGACUGCAGGAGUUUCCGUUCUUCGACAAGCCGAUGCGGAUACAGUACGCGAAGACCAAGUCGGACGCCGUGGCCAAGAUGGACGGCUCGUACCGGCCGCGGGACCCCGAGGAGCGGGCACAGGUCAACGCGGAGAAGCGCGAGCAGCUCAUGGACCGCACGGAGAAGGAGGCAGCUGCCGCCGCUGCCGCUGCGGCUGCCGCGGCACCCGCGCAGGCCCCCGGCGCCAACCCCCCGAACAAGAUCCUCCUCGUCCAGAACCUCCCGCACACGACGACGGCGCCGAUGCUCGAGAUGCUCAUGAAGCAGUUCCCGGGCUUCAAGGAGGUCCGUUUGAUCGAGGCGAAGCCGGGCAUUGCCUUUGUGGAGUUCGAGAACGACGCACAGAGUCAGGUGGCCAUGUCCGGCCUGCAGGGCUUCAACAUCACGCCGGAGAACGCCAUGCAGAUCACGUUCGCGAAGAAGCAGUCGUGA